AGUCUGCUUUCUAUUCAAGCCCCUGAUUUCCCAGCCUGUUCUUUGCUCAAAAUUUCCUGCUGUUUCUUUCAAAAUAGGGUCUACAUAGUGUGGCGUUCAUGAUGGUCCUGAGUGGGGCACUGUGCUUCCGAAUGAAGGACUCGGCCUUGAAGGUACUUUAUCUGCACAAUGACCAACUGCUGGCUGGCGGGCUGCAUGCCGGGAAGGUCGUUAAAGGUGAGGAGAUCAGCGUUGUCCCAAAUCGGGCACUGGAUGCCAGUCUGUGCCCUGUCAUCCUGGGUGUUCAGGGAGGAAGACAAUGCCUGUCCUGUGGGACAGAGAAGGAGCCAGUCCUGAAACUUGAGCCAGUGAACAUCAUGGAGCUCUACCUUGGGAGCAAGGAAUCCAAGAGCUUCACCUUCUACCGGCGGGAUAUGGGCCUCACCUCCAGCUUCGAGUCAGCUGCCUACCCAGGCUGGUUCCUCUGCACUGUGCCCGAAGCUGACCAGCCUGUCGGGCUCACCCAGAUCCCUGAGGAUGCCGCCUGGGACGCUCCCAUCACGGACUUCUACUUUCAGCAGUGUGACUAGGGAUGCGUGGUCCCCCAAACUCCCUAGGCAGAGGCAGAGUAGUCAAUGUGGGUGGGGGGCAGGUAGUGAUCGAGGGGCUCCAUGAAGGGCGACUCCCUCCUCCCCCUCCUCUCCGGACUUCCACUUCUGACUUAGGAGGUCUACAGCCACUCUCUUCUCCCAGUUUCCCAGUGCCAGUAAAUUCUUUGGGUAUCUGGAGCUCAGUGUAUAGACUCCUUCCACACAGGAUGACCCUACCUCUGGUGUGGAACCUAAUACAAACCAUGUAGGACAAAGAACAACAUAAAAUGAUUCCUGGGUGAGCGAGUGAUGGAGACUGUUCACGCGUAGCGAGAUCUGGCACAGAACCUCAGAAGCUCUGCCAUUCCCUCCAGGGCAGGAGAAGGAGGCGUCACCAAGAUCUUUGCUUGGCUGAGCCCCGUCCCUCAAUCCUGUUGCUGGCUUCUGCUGCCUCUUUCAUCCCUGCCAUGUUUUUCUGGUCCUGAACUGAGAGGGUGAUGUCAGGAGAGAAGACAGAAGAUGGUCAGGCACACUGCUCUGGUUUGAAACCAGAGGUAUAAUAAAAAUCUCAGAUUCUGGUCGUUACUUACACAGAAAGAUGUUCGCGAAAAUUAGGUGGAAAGAGCUUAUUGCAA